UUCCAAAGAGAUUGAGGGAUUCGCCCUUGUUCGGGAAAUCAGAGCCUUCUUGGCGCGCCCACCUAUAAAAAGCCAGACAGCUCCACCCCCUGCCUUUAGCCUGCGACUUUCCAACCGUUGCGUUGCUCCCAGUAGCCCUGUGUGUGAAGACGGAGCAAGUGGGGUUCUCCUGGUAAUCGUCCAGUUCGAGUCCCGGAGAUGGCCAGCAGCGUCCAGUACCCCUUCCCCGUCGUGCAUAGCAAUGGGCCUCUGCCGCGCUACGAGCAGCUGAGAGACGAGCACGAGAUGGGGACAAGCGAGGCGGGUGGCCCCCUGCCCUCCACCGUGAUCCACAUGCACCAGCAGCCCGUCUACGCGAGUGCCCCGCGCGACCAUUUCCUCUGGUCCAUCUGCACCACGAUGUACUUCAACUUCUGCUGCCUGGGGUUCAUGGCCCUGGUUUUUUCCGUCAAGGCAAGAGAUCGCAAGGUGGUUGGUGACCACAAUGGUGCCGGCAGCUAUGGUUCUACUGCCAAGUGCCUCAACAUCACAGCGUUAACCCUGACCAUCCUGACUGCCGUCCUUCUCAUCGUCCUGCUUGUAACCGGAGUUCUCGUACGCUAGAGAGUCGUAGAGCAGAGACAAGGGAUUAUUGAACAGAGUCACAAAGAUACAUCCCUUUAGAAAUCCUUUCUCCACUUGACCAUCUCUUGUUGCUUUAAAAACCCAUGGGUGUUGGCAUGUAGUUCUUGAUCUGGCAAAUACUUGCCUUGCGAGUCUGCUAUGUCACUACCAAUGAUGUCACGCAUCAUUUUCAAAGAAGCUCGGGCAUUUACCAAGAUGUUGCUGGCUAAGUGUUCACUUGAAGAGAGAGCUUUCAUAUGGUGAGGGGUGCCAUUUUAGAGGGGAUUUUUCUUCCCAUGUUUCUUUUGGUCUUGCUGUUUCUUCCACUCUCUUGAUAUACUGUUUUUUUCCCUACUCAAUGUAACCAGCAAACUUUCUUUUGCUGAUAACCACUUUUAUGGGGGGCUACUAUCAGAAUAGGUGCAUAUGAGCACUUCAUGAUAGGAGUGGUAUUCUGCUGGUCAAUGGCCGUAAUAAAAUUGAUGAUGAAGAUGGUAAUACAGUUCCCCCUGUUCUUCAUAUAAGGAAGAUUUUUCUUAUAUAUUUUUUCUUUUUGUUGUUGGAAGGGACAUUUGUAGAGUUCUGAAUUGAAUGGAGAAGUUUUGGAAGCACUUAAUAUUCUAAUAAAUUUCUUUUGUAAAGUG